ACUCCUACAUGCCAAUACCCCUCUUCACGACGUACGGCAGCCUAACACGCCGAUGUCGUCGUCGAAAAGCGCGUACAGUCUUCAGUGACCAGCAGUUGUCAGGCCUUGAACUCCGAUUUCAAAGGCAACGUUACUUGUCGACACCAGAAAGGAUUGAAUUGGCCUCCCUCCUUGGGCUCUCAGAAACGCAGAACCUCCUUCAGUUAAGCACGUUUCACCCAACUCGUGAAUCGCUGAACAUGUAG